AUGCCUAACCAAAAGAUAAACAAACCAAGGCCCAUAGAAUCACUUCGUGACCUUUUGAAGACCAACCUAGUGGUUCAUGUGGUAGCCGAUGCUGAACAUCUCGAAGCUGGGGCGUUUGAUUUAGCAGUCACAUAUGAAGAAUAUUAUCGUUUGUUGAAAAAACAAACAGAUGAUUUGUCCAUCAUAACAACUUGGCAGAUGGCUUUUGAGAGGUAUGAAAAGAACACAUCAAUUCCAAUUGUAUGGAAGCUCACUGAGUGCAACCAAGCCGAUGUAUUGGAAUGUGAGCUGAGUGGGCAUUAUAUAAUGAAUUGGAUCUUUGAUUUUGUGUUGAACAAACAACAUGGAUUUCCGAGUAGAUUUGGUACCCUUUGGAAUGACAAAACUGCAUUUGAGGAAAAGGCGUUGGUUACAACUGUUGCUACAUGGGCAAGAGAAUUUCUGAAUUUUUUUAUGAAUGAUGUUGUUGUCUAAAAGUGCAUAUAAGUGAGGAUGAAGGAUAGUUGUUGUGUUUUGUUUUUAAGUGAGGUUGAAGGAUAGCUGCAACACUUGAUUAUUGGAUAAUACCUCUCCAUUGUAAAACAAUUUCUUUUUUGAAUUUAUUUAUGUAAGUUUUAUGUAGUAUGAAAUAACCAAAUCAAUGAGUUUUU